AUGAUAACUGGUGAUAUUGAUCUCAUGUGUUUACCUGAUAGUAGUUCAUCAAUAACAAUGUCGAAUGAUACAAAUAUUCAACGUAUAAUUGAAGGCUUUAUUCGUCGUUGUCCCAAUAUAUUAGAACGAUCUAGCUGGAAUGCACGGCCGUACAAACAUCGUGAACAUGUAACAACGUUACCGGUUACACAUAUUGUUGUACAUCAAUUAGAAGGUGUCAAUUCAAUCAUGAAUCACCAGAGUUGUAUUAAGAAAAUAAAACAAGUUCAAGAUUAUCAAAUGGAUAUACAACAAUGGAAUGAUGUUGGUUAUAAUUUUUUUCUGUGUGACGAUAAUAAUGAUCAACAACAAAUUUAUACAGGCAGAGGAUGGAAAUAUACCGGUGCGCAUUGUAAAGGUUAUAACGCAAGAUCAUUGGGUAAGAAUGAAUUUCUCUUUUAA